AUGUCGGGCAUCAGCAAUCCACAUCCCAGCCCAAAUGAAGAAUACGGAGAGUACCCUCUUCCAAUCAUUGAGAAUCCUGAUCGCCAUAACCUCGAGCGUGAGGCCACCGUCGACGCCACUCACUACGAUGUCAGGGUCGAGCCACCCACACUCCCUCGCAGCCGUUCCCAUCAUAGGGUUCGGUUUCGCUCGAUGAGUUUGUCCCGAAAUGAACAAGAAGAUGCGUCAAAUCCCUCGUCGCGACCGUUACUACCGCACGCAGACCUGCACGACAACCCGUCUGGAAUCAUCACCCCGCCAGCCCCCACACAUUCCCGCCGUGGCUCCGGCCUCGCCAACGUGCAAACCCCAGACCAGUUUAGCGAGUCGGAGAAACAUGAUUUCGUUGGUAAAAUGGACCGGACCACCUCGGCCCGCGAUCGCUUCCGAGCUACCGGUCACCUUUUGCGACAGAAAACUAGCCGCCUCACCGAACGCCUCGGUCGCCCCCCGGAUGAGGGCGAGCCGCUCAACUCCACUUACAUUCCAGACGACUUUGACGGCGGCAUUCCCCUUGAGGAACUGCAGGCCCGCCGCGCGCGCCACGACGCCGACCGAGCGCAUGCAUUGGAGACCGGUGAGAAUAUCAUCGAGCCGCCCCCAAGCGCCGAAGCUCAUCGCUUGGUCCGCAGCAUGACCGCGGUUCAGGACCAGCUGCGGAAGCGGAAACCUCGGGGCGCAUAUCAGCGGUCAGGACAAACAACUCCUGAGGGCUUGUUCAGCGCCUUUUCACAACGGAGACGAUCUAGCGGACUCAGCGGGGGCAGUGGCAUUUUGUCGCAGCUGCUGAAACUCCAGGCCGCCCAGAAUGGGAGCUAUUCGCGCUCGGAAAGUGUCAUCACGGAUGACUCUGACAGUGAAACUCAGGUGUCGUCCGGGAUCUCCACCCCGAAGAUUGGUUCCCUCUCGCCUCCUAUCCCUGCGUCUCUGCCAGCCUCUGGCGCCGCUACCCCGCGCAGGGAGAAGCUCAAGUGGUACAAGAAAUCGGCGCAUCUGUCCACCUCGUCGCUGGUCAAUGCCUCCAUGAAUCUCAGCACGGCUAGCCUACCCGCUGCGGUGGAGGCGGCUCCGGGUAUCCACAGGAGACGGAGGAGGAGCAGGCGCAAGACGCGUCUGGAGGAUGAGAUCCGUGUCACCGUCCACAUCGCAGAGAUCAUCGCACGGCAGCGGUACAUCAUGCAGCUAUGCCGUGCGCUUAUGCGAUACGGUGCGCCGACCCAUCGUCUGGAGGAGUACAUGCAAAUGACCGCCCGCGUCCUGGAAGUUUCGGGCCAAUUCUUAUAUUUGCCUGGUUGCAUGAUCAUGUCCUUUGAUGAUCCUACCACACGUACGGCCGAAGUUAAGCUCGUGCGAAUGGUGCAAGGCGUCGACCUGGGUCGCCUCGCUGAUACACACAACGUUUACAAGAAUGUUGUUCACGAUCUCAUCGGUGUCGAAGAAGCAACCCAGGAACUAGACGAGAUUAUGCAGCGCAAGCCCCGAUUCAACAAAUGGAUCUUGGUCUUGGUGUACGGUCUGGCUAGUGCGGCUGUCGGCCCGUUCGCUUUCCAGGCGCGACCGAUUGAUUUGCCCAUUAUUUUCUGUCUCGGUUGCAUUGUUGGGCUGAUGCAGCACGUUCUCGCGCCACGCUCAACUCUCUACUCCAACGUCUUUGAAGUUACUGCUGCCAUCGUGACCUCUUUCCUUGCCCGCGCAUUUGGCAGCAUCAUGGUCACCCGCAAUGGUGUGUCUGAACCACUCUUCUGCUUUUCCGCUAUGGCACAGUCAUCUAUCGCUCUCAUUCUCCCUGGAUUCAUGGUUCUUUGUAGCAGUCUGGAACUGCAGUCUCACCAAAUGAUCGCUGGUUCGAUUCGCAUGGUGUAUGCCAUCAUCUACUCCCUCUUUUUGGGCUAUGGUAUCACAGUGGGGACUACCAUCUACGGGCUGAUGGAUGGCAAUGCGACAUCUGCAUCUACGUGUUCGGGCUUGCAUGUCUACGGAUCGGUUUAUGUACGCACAUUCCCCUUCGUGGCCAUCUACUCUGUUUUCCUGGCCAUCGUGAACCACGGAAAAUUGAAGCAGAUGCCCGUCAUGGUCUUCAUCGCUUUGUCCGGGUACGUCGCCAACUAUUUCAGUACCACCAAGCUCGGUACUCAAUCAGAAGUCGCCAACACCGUCGGCGCAUUCACUAUUGGUGUCCUGGGCAAUCUAUACAGUCGGGUCUGGCAUGGCCAUGCCGCCACCGCUAUUCUUCCCGGCAUAUUUGUGCUGGUCCCCUCUGGUCUUGCUUCUAGUGGGUCUUUGAUCGCCGGCAUCAAAUACGCCGACGAAGUUCGUCAAAAUCUCUUGAAGAACGGGAACAGUACAUCUACAGGCGCUCUUUCUGAAACUUCUGUUGCCAGUCUUGGUUUCGGCAUGAUCCAAGUCGCGAUAGGUAUUACAGUCGGGUUGUUUAUCGCGGCUUUGGCUGUCUACCCCUACGGCAAGAAGCGCACUGGUUUGUUCAGCUUCUAA